AAUCACAUAGCAACCAUUUCUCCCACCCAGCGAAGCAUCUCCGUGAUUCACCGUUCUUAUCUUCCUAGCUGGUCAUAUCAGCAUCUCCUUACCUAACACAUGGCGGACCACCGUAGCUUCAGCAAUCGACUGAGGAAGACAUUAUAUUACGGCGAAUUUGCGGAUGCCUCGCUACCAUCAGACCCUGUAACAGAUGUUGCUGUGGAGGUUUUGAACAGUGCGGUACCCAAUAAGCGACGGCGACUAGACCGUAAAUAUGCUCAUAGUGUAGCCAGGAGAGCUAAGAUAUCACCCUGUGCACUGAUGAUGGGUCUGCUUUAUGCCGAAAGACUGCGCCUAAAGCCAACUACAUCAAGUAAAGAUUUAUCUUCUUCAGAUGUUUUUCUCAUAUCAGUUAUGGUGGCAUCUAAGUACUUGUAUGAUGAGGGUGAAGAUGAGGAAGUCUUCAAUGAUGAAUGGGCCAAAGCAGGGCUUAGGACUGUUCGGGAUAUCAACAAGCUUGAAAGAGAAUUUUUGGACUUAAUGGACUGGAAUCUUUUUAUCUCACCUCAGGAAUUUUCAAACUUUGUCAACAAAAUUGAAUCUCAAGUUGCAGUAACCAAAGGGCUUUCCCGAGGGUGGCUCACCUACUCUGACGUGGAAACACUUCUUAACAACAAAAAGCUGAUGGAGUCUUUAUCAGCACUUGCAUAUGACCUUCUAAACAUAAUGUCUGCCUGCUUCACAGCUUAUGUCCUAAGUCUCUCCCUUCUAGUGAGCACUUCUACUUUUGCAAAACUGGAGUCCAAUUAUUUGAUUGACCCAAACCUGACCACCAUGGCACACCCUACUGUGAACUGUUUGACAUCAGUUGCUUCCUGCAUGUUUUACCCACCCUCAACACCCACCUUGGACUCUGGCAUGCACAUCUCUAUUGCUGCUUCUAGACUCAGAAGCAACAAUGUAAAAACAGUAAAUGUAGAAGUGAGUCUGGAGUCUGAGAGAGACCAUUUUGAAGCUCCUCCCCCUCUCGACUACCAACUUGAGAGAGCCCAAGGGACAAGUAUUACUCUCCCAGCAUUUUCUAAUUUCACCAUCACCCUGGCUUACCUGACACGUCUUGCAAAGGAUAACCCUUUCACUGCUUAUGACCAUCAUAAACAUGUUGGAAAGGGAGCUAGCACAAAAUUUGAAGGUAGAGGAGAGGGCCUUGCCAGAAAACAGAUGCUUGGUACAAGCCUAAAGACAACAGUGAAUGUGACUAACUCACUGUAUAAGUGUUCUAGGAAUCAGUUAGCCUGUGUUUCCUGAAUUUCCAUCUAUCUAUGUAAUCUUGUGAAGACUGUUGCUUGCAUAAAUUUCCCGUCUAUUUGUAUUUCCAUAUUGUGGUAUUGUUGAUGUUAUGCAUCUGUUGGUCUGUGAAAAGAACGUUUUUGUUGUAGGGGUUCUACCAUGUUAUAUAUACCAGUAGUUAUAGUUUUAAUUUUUCAUAAUUUUGAUGUCUCAGGUAAUAAACAAUCUAAUAAAAAAACACUGGUGCAAUUGUUUUGCAAUUGUUAUAACAAUACAAUAGUUUUUUUAGAAAGAAUUGUAAACAUUUGGUACAUUGGAAUAAAAAUAAACAAAUAUAGGAGAGAAGGUUAA